UUUGUCGGCGCUGGGACCCGCUGGAAUACGACUGGAGAGGGGAUAUGGGGGCAGAGGAGGCGGGGCAAUACAGUGUGGCGCUCGAUCAAUCCGAGCUUCAGACUUGACAGAGCCUCGAGGAUCGGCGGGACGAACGAAAGGGAACUAGAGUAUAAGCGCCUGUCUACCUCCCCAGAUUGAGUGACCAUGAGGGCCAGUUGUCUGCUACUGUUGUCCAUGCCUGUCCUUUUAGUUGCCCAGCACUUUGGUGCGACAGAUGAAGAAUAUGACAAGUAUAUUCCCUCAGAUGAUUAUGAUUACGGGAUUCCUGGUCUGGAUAAUACAGUCUCCUCUCCACGACGGCAGGUGCUUUUGGAACGUCCCUUUGGCCCUGGCCAAUCCGAAGCGGAGUUUCAGACUGAACCCACAGAGCCAGGACCUCUCGAUUGCCGUGAGGAGCAGUACCCCUGUACGCGGCUCUACUCUGUACACAAGCCCUGCAGGCAGUGUCUGAACAGCCUCUGCUUCUACAGUUUGCGCAGGGUGUACGUGGUGAACAAGGAGGUGUGUGUGAGGACAGUGUGUGCCCACGAGGAGCUGCUGAGAGCGGACAUGUGCCGUGACCAGUUCUCGCGGUGUGGCGUGGCGGCGCUGAGUGGCCAGUGUGGGGCUCUAGGGAGCAGCUGUGGGAAGAGCUGCGGUGGAUGCUGAGGCAGGGGAGACAGGGAGGGGUGUGCUCACAUACUGCCCAAAUCCCCACCUCCAAAACCCCCAGCUUUCCCUCCUCCUCCCCCUCCCCCUUUCCUGGGACCAAAGACCCUAUUGUCUGCACCUUUGUUCUUCCAUUCUUUUAUAUCUUUUUUUUUUUUUAAGAACUGUUCCUCCACCCCCCCUCCCCCAUCCACAUUAUUUCUUAUAUAUGUGUAUAAAUACAUAUACUUUUGUACCCAAAUAUAUAUUUUUGACUGUAUGAUGUCACUGGUGCUAUUAAAAGAACUGUACACUGGUGCUAUAAAACAGCGGUACGUUGCUCAGAUGCACAUAAACAGCUAUGAAGUUGUCACUCAAUAUACUGUGUGAUUUCUUUUUUUACUGUAUCAUUUAUUUUUUGUAGCUUUUUGUGUAUUUGUUUUAAAUGUUUUGUUCUUUCUUUGUUACUAUGUGUGUUCAGGCAGUGUUAAAAAUGAUGACAAAAGCAGGUGACAUUUUGUAUUACCUGCCAUCUUAACUAAUGUAAUUGUAUUGCAACUGAACUGCAAUUACUGUGCAACUACAUGUGAUUUUUAAGUAAUGCAUUUGUCAGGUCUGGUUUCUGGAAUGAGUCUGAAUGAACCCCUGCAAUAUGCAACUCAAAUCCCCAUAACUUUAGUCAAACCCAACCAUAAUUAAUAUAACUCUCUUAUAUAAUAUAACUGAGUAAACAGCACGAAGAGGGAGCCUCUGCACUUGAGCAAAAAGCAAUAAUCAAUAAGCAAUAAUCAAUAAUCAACCGGUUAUAGUGCAGCAAGCUCAGACAAGCAGGCGUCCGUCAGACCAGAUCAAGUGAACUGCAGACCAAAAUAAUGAAUGUGGUGCUCUUUGACCUUUGCUUUUGUAAUUCGGUGAGAUGCAGUGAAUGGUUGUAUUCAUACAGUACUCAUCAGCAUCAGUGGCAAAAGGUGCCUAGUGAAGGCUGCUCACAAACGGUUACUGUACUAGUACUUUAAAUUCUUUUUUUUAUUUUUAUGGCCAAACAAGUAAAAAAAAUAAAUGUUUUCUGUGGUAA